AUACAAGAAAAACUGAUCAGUGCCUUACAACAAAAGAAAUUACAGGCACCAAGUGUUUCACAUUAAAAGGCUAUACAAUAAACAUAAAAACAACAUUCAUACAGCAAAGUAAUACAUGUAAAGUAAGAAAGAAAAUAACAUUUAAAUGACCAAAAAAAGUAGAAACAUACAUUCAUACAUACAACAACAAAUACUCUCAAUAUAUUAAUAUUUUCGUGAAGGACUGUCUCAAGUGUAUCCCGUCUGUAAUUCACUGUUUCAGGUUUCAGCUCUUUAUUCGCUUCGCUUCACCAGGUGGACUUUUACUUUGAAAUAACCUGUCCGGAAGUCGUUUUUUUUUUUUCUUCUUCAUUGUGAUGCGGAAGUCAGCUUUAAGCUCCAACAACUAUGGAUGUAUGAAGAGACAACGCAUAAAAGGCUGACACCGGUGGGCUGUAGUAGGUUACAUGGCAGCGGAGCAGGCUGCGGGUGUCGGCUGGGCUCCGGCCUGUCUGUGUGUCCUCUGCGGGCUGCCGGCUGCGGGGAAGUCCACGCUGUCCCGCACGGUCUGCAGCACCGCCGCAAAGCGUGGAUGGAGGUCCACUGUGGUGUCCUAUGAUGACCUGAUCCCCGAGCAUGCUUUUCAGGCCAAAGUGUCAGGGGAAGAUGACAAACUGCAAGAAAUGCACACUGAAUGGAGAUUGCACAGACAGGCAGUGUUGCAGUGCAUUGAGCAGUUCUUGAAGAAGCCUGAAGUGUUGGUAGUGCCACCUACAGGUAGCAGCUGCCAAAUCAACAGUGCUGCAUGGGAGCGAUGCAUCCAAGCUCUGCUGAAGCAUGAAACAUCAGACCACUCUCAGGCUGAUCGGGCACCACUCAUAUUUCUACUGGAUGACAAUUUCUAUUAUCCAAGCAUGAGAUAUGAAGUUUUCCAACUUGCAAGAAAGUAUUCACUGGGCUUUUGUCAGGUGUAUCUGCAGUGUGAUUUAGAGUCAUGCAUCAGCAGAAACCAGAGCAGGUCUGAACCCAUUCCUUCUGAGGUGAUACUGGAGAUGGCAAAGCGUAUGGAGCCUCCAAAUCCUCAGAGAAACUCAUGGGAGACAAACAGCAUUUUACUCAACACUACAGAAAAUAUUCCCACAUGUGACAUUCAGAGGGUGAUGGAGUUGAUCUCCUCUGCACUGAACAACCCGCUGAGCCCAGUUGAGGACAACACAGAACAAAAGGAAGCUGACCGCCAGAAAUGUGCCAAUAGUGUGGUUCACCAGGCUGACCAGACCUGUCGACGCCUGAUCUCUGAAGCCAUGAAGACUGCCAGAGAAAGUCAAGUACCUCCUAAUCGUAUGAGGUCCUUGGCCACGCAGCUGAAUGAAUCCAAAGCGAGAUUUCUUCACAACCUGAGGAAACAGUUCCUACAGGAAGUGCCUUUCAGUGAAGAGGACAUCGAUGUGGAACGUGUGGUGAAAAGAGCAGUAGAUGUUUUUGACAAUGAUAAAAAUGAACUCUUGUUGAAAAUCAUAAAUGACCAUUCUUGAGUUUUGACAAUAGUAAAUUUAAUCACAUCAAAGAUCACAAGUGAAACUGUGAAACAGUAAAUUGUAUUUAAUUUAUUAUUUUUCUUAGUCACUUGUUCAUCUUAAACAAAGACUUGAAAUGUACUUUAUGUAUAAGUUAUUUACUACAUUUUGUUUGGUAAUUAAAAACGUAUAUUAAUAUUUUGAAAGUCAACCUUUCCUCUCAACUAAUUUCUCAAACUCAAGGUGACACACAUUAAGUCAUCUACAUGGUUUCACCAUAUGUGGUAUAAAAUGUUUAUCAGAUAACAUUUUAGUGUUGUUUGCCAGAAUAUAUAAUAUACUGAACACUUCACCCAAGUGAAGAAGUCUUGACUUCAGACCAAGAUUUAAACAAAAUCUGCAGGUCAACUUUACAGUGUCUCAACAUCAACUACAAUACAAAUAAGUUGCUGCAAUGAAAAUUGGUUUGAACAAUACCACAAAAACGACUCAAGUCAAUGUAUAAAUAUUUGUAGAAAAAGGUUUCAAUGGUAUAAAUUAGUACCAAUAAAAAGAGAAAUAGUGAAAUCCUUCUGAAAUAUUACUAACUGAUUUGGAUGACACCUUCAACAGUCUAUGACGUGAGGUAUAAAUAAAUAUCAAGACAGCAAGCAGGAUCAUGGGUCAGGCUGGACACAAACUAAAUGUUCUGAACAGAAAAUGAGUCAGUUUGGCUGUCAGCCUCCAAACAUCCAGCUUCAGUUUCAAAAAAAUAUACCAAGCUGGUGAGGUCAUGAUGUUUAACUUUAAAUACUGUUCAGUGGUAUUUUAUUAAAAAUGUUCUAUAUCUAGAUGCCCAUGUGAUAGUGAUUUACUUCAGGAGCUGAGUGAAAUCCUGGUGAAUCACUGGAAGGUAAGGAGAUGUGUCCCUAACACCAUGAUUACAUGUACCAAACACAUGUAGCUGCAUCCAAUACAGACAGUGGUCAGAAUGAUCUAGCUCAAUGGAUUUUCAUGUCAAGGACCCGUAAACUGACCAUGGUCCAGGACAGACACCC